GAUUGUGAUUACUGAAGUUGGGCAGAAAAGGAGAACUCUUUUUUUCCAAAAGUCUCACCUCGCACAAGUUUUGAGAGCCAUGAAGAUCUUUGUUCUAAUAACCUUGAUUGCAGCAACAAUUGAUGUCGGAAUUGCCACUUUUAGUGAACGUCCUGGCGCAGUAGAAUUACGUGGAAAGGGGGGAAGGAAGCCACUUGGGAAAAGGAAGCCACUUUGGAGAGGGAAGCCACUUGGGAGAAGGAUCACCAAGCUGCGGAAGACCAAACCGCGAAAGACCAAGCCAAGACCGGUCUUAAAUUUUAAAGUUGGAAAGGUUUGUCCAACUGAUGGAUUCCGUUCACCUGUGUGGCAGUGCGCGUGUAAUUUCGCAGGUGGAUGUGAUCUGCGAACGAAUGUGGUGUUGCCACAUGCACGGGCUGAUCCGCAAAGUUUAAAUGGAAUUGCACCAAAGGGCCUUGACUGUUUAGCACUUGGGCCAGCGACAAGUGUUGGAACAAUUUGCGAAGGAGGAACCGUCGCUGUUCUGUACGACUGCAACGCUCGUUCAGCAUUAUAUGCUGCCUCAAUGAUCAACGGCGCUAAUUUUAAGAAAGGUGCACUAGAUAUAGAACGCAAAGACAGUUGGAAAAAAACAAAAGAUAUGACUCUUUCAGAGAAUCCAGAGAACUUGGCAACAAAUCGUGAUUACAUAGGCUCAAGCAAACAUAUUUACUGUUAUGAAGAUGAGAGAGGAACGCUUUGGAAUUGGGAUGGUACUGGACCAUGCAAUAAAGGUAGCGCACCCACGAUGGCUAUCCACAAAGGUCACCUGAUCGCCGCUAGGUACGGGAAAACCCACGGAACACAGGAUGCCAUUGAUGCCACAUUUUCUUUCACAAAUGCCGUGCCUCAAGAAGGUUCCUUCAAUUCUAACCAGUGGAGGAUAGCUGAGGGUAAAUUGAUAGAACAGGCAAAAAAGUGUCAAGAAAAUGCACAGUUAAGAAAGGUGGAUGCAAAAAUGUAUGUCGUGGUUGGCGUGAUUCCAUCGAGUUUUCUCGGAAAGCCAAAGUUCUUUGGUUCGGCUGGUUUCGGAAGUUACCAAGGCGAAGCGGGAAAUUACAGAAUCUCUUUUCCAGAAAUCAUGUGGACAGCUGCCUGUUGUAUUCAUACUGAUGGUAGCUUUGGAGACAAAUUUGGCUUCUGGAGACGCAAUAACCCAUCAAGCGCAGUGGUUAACGAAGCUCCUUCCCCUACCGAAAUGUUUAAAGCUAUUCGGCAAGAAAUAUCUAAGACUUGGCCGGGUAUUAAUUUCAAUCUCCUAAACGUUUUUCCAAGCUUCCCAGCUUGCAAUUAGACUUUAUCUACACUGUACAGGUCUCUCAGAACUUCUCAGGCAUUAUUUUUCGGGUUUAUCAUGUUUACAUAACAAGAAAGAAGAGUUAGUUAACUUCCUAUGAAUAUUAAGUGUUGCAGUUUUUUUUGAUAACACCCUGUAUAAUAUUUUACUGAUAACAUUUUACGCUUCGUUAAAUCUCAGUAACUGGACUCGCUGUGAACAGCCCCUGAAUUUCCUAUUCCAACCUUUCAUUGAACAGGCCAAACAUCAAAUAUAUAGGCUAUAGCAAACGUCCGCAACCGGAACAAAUAUAUAACAAACACUCACAGUAUAUUGGCUAUAUAUAUAAAGUAAAAUUUUUGAACAUAACAAACCUUGCACGUGGCCAGAACUCUUUCAACAUAUAUACUGGCUUACUGCGCUUCUUCCCCAGGAAUUUGUACCUAAAAUAGUAGAAAAUGUGAAAUAAGAGAAACCCAAAAACACGAGACCAAAAUUUAUUAGAAAUAUUCAAGAUU